AUGAAAAAGGAGGCCUGGUGCAAUCAACGUGUCUAUCGGCUAAUUAUUGAAUAUUUGCUACGAGGGGGAUAUUUUGAAACUGCCCAAAAGCUGGCAGAACAGGCAAACGUACAAGACAUCUGCAAUCAUUCGAUUUUUGAAGAUGCAAAACAAGUUGAAGCAAGUUUAUUGCGCCAUGAAACUGGUCGCUGCUUGGAAUGGAUAGCCGACAAUAAAUCGAGAUUGCGCCGUCUCAAGAGCACCAUUGAGACGAAUGUCCGAUUACAGGAUUGCAUUGAACUGGUUCGACAAGGCAAAAGAUUGGAAGCGGUGCAUUAUGCGAGGCGACAUCUGUCGAAUUUAGCCAAAGAUCACUGGAAUGAAGAAAUUGUAAAAGUUAUGGGUCUUAUUGGGUUUGGUAUUCCGUCGCGAUCCCGUGCUUAUGAGCAAUAUUUUAAUCCUUCUCGGUGGAAACUGCUGACUGAGCAGUUCAGACAGGAGAAUGCUCACCUGAUGAAUUUUUCUUAUUUCAACGCAUGCAUGUGUAUGGGUCUGUCAGGCACGAAGACGCCACAUUGUCGACCUCGCCAGGAUGCACAAUGCCCCACAUGCAAACCGGAACUGUAUGCGCUUGCCGAAAAUCUUCCCUACACACAUAUAACACAUUCGAGGCUGAUCUGUAGCUUUUCCGGUGAACCAAUUUCUGGCGAUAAUCAACCGUUUAUGCUACCGAAUGGUUAUGUUUAUGGUGCAAACUCGAUUGCAAAGUUGCGCAACGAGUCGGGCGAAGUCGUUUGCCCAAGGACUGGAGAUGUCUUUCCUUAUGAUCAAAUUUUACGCCUUUAUGUCAUGUAA